AUGCGUUUCUCGUCGCUCUUUAUUUCACAGGCAGCAGUCUCCUCAGCUCUCAUUGCAACCACACUCUUUACUUCGUCUGCCAGUGCGCAGGACCGUACCACUGAACAGGGCGAGGCGCAGAUCACUGACCCGAAUGAAGAAUGCACGGCAUAUUCCUACGCGCCCGUCACUGCUGCUCUCGCUGCGAACCAGUUCCCGGCUAUCUGGACAGUCGCAGACAUUCUCAGCACCGACACGAAUGCUCAAGCCAAGUACCAGUCCAUCGAGAGCCAGAUCCCAAAUAUUCAGCCUAAGGGCACGCAGCCUGCCUCCCUUAUGGGUGAUUUCAGCAACUAUUCGUACUCUUCGUCUGACCCAGAUUGCUGGUGGACGUAUGACCAAUGCACUACUCCAAAAUUGGCUGGAUUGCCUCCGGAUCUGGCUGCCGUCCCAGAGCCUGACACUCUAGGUUAUGGUUUCGACGAUGGACCUAAUUGCUCCCACAAUGUGUUCUACGACUAUUUGUCGCAAAAUAACCAGAAAGCCACCAUGUUCUAUAUUGGCAGUAAUGUCAUGGACUGGCCUCUCGAGGCGCAGCGCGCUCUCGCUGAUGGUCAUGAAAUUUGUGUUCACACUUGGUCGCACAAAUAUAUGACCUCUUUGACCAACACGCAACUCUUCGCGGAGUUUUACUAUGCUAUGCAAGCGAUCAAGUUGGUUGUCGGCGUGACGCCUACGUGCUGGAGGCCUCCCUUCGGCGAUGUCGACGAUCGGGUCCGGGCCGUUGGCCAUGCACUAGGCUUGCGCACGAUUAUUUGGCAAUAUGACUCCAACGAUUGGCGUGCAGGCACUGGUAAUAUUACGGAUGCUGAUGUCGACCAGAAUUAUGAGAAUCUCAUUGCUCGUGCACAAAAUGGCACAUUUGCUACCGGAGGUACUAUCAUGCUCACACACGAGCUAAACAACUUUACCAUGUCCGAGGCUGUGAAGUUCUACACCCAGCUGAAAGCUGCAUUCAAGUACCUCGUUCCCAUGGGUGUUGCUACAAAUCAAACUCAGCCAUACGUCGAAACUAACUACUCCCUACCAUCGUUUGAACAAUAUAUCAGCGGCACGACAACAGUCACUGGUAGCGCUUCAAACCCCACAGAUGGGUCUUCCAGUUCAACAGGGUCUUCUGGAACCUCUGGGAAAACCAAUACCACUGGUGCUGCGGACAGAACCUCAUUUGACGAUUUGGGAAUGCUUGCUGCAGGUGCAGCAUUCGUUGGGUUUGCCGUGAAACUCUUGGCCUAGGAUUUCCGCCCUCCGAUCGCUGGUCCUUUUGUUUCCUUUUCUCUUAUCUUUGGUUGCACCUGCGGCAUGCUCGAUGAUGCUUUUAUUCCUGGUCACGCUAUAUCCUUGUACAUUGCAACCUUUUCCACGCAUAGCAUACCUUGACAUUUUUCUUCCCUCUUCAGUAGAAUUUCGCACUGAUCGACAGAGAUAGCACCAAUACGCUGGUGUUUUUUCUUAUAUCCUGUGCAUGCCAUUUAAUAUACC